AAUAUCAGCAUUUGAUUCUUAUUUUAAUUUUUCCUCGAUGAUUAUUAGAAAAAAAAAAAAACAUACACGCACGCAUCUUUCAGUUUCAACCCAAGUGUCAUUUUCACAUGUAAAUCUGAACACAAAUAAUCGAAUAAUUCCAUACAUUAUUGUUUUAUUAUACCAUCAUUAAAUACUGAUAUGUGAUAGAUGAUACCUACAUUGUAACAAAAUAUGCCAUAGAAAUUGAUAUUUUCCUUUACAUAUGAAGAAAAAGGAAAAGAAAAAUUUAAUGGAAAUUCAUGUUUCACCCAACCCCUUUAUUAGACUCUUAAAGUGUCAUUAUCUCAAAGGGAACAGAGAAGAAAGAGACUUCUCAUUUCCCUCAUACCUUUUGCCAUCCCUAUUUUUCUCUCUCUCUAAUUCUUUACAACUGCUUUUCUCCUCUCACCAAGAACAUAAAUUCAUUAAGUUAAUAAGAAGAAGAAAAACUUUUUGAAAUAAAUAACAUUAUACCCCUCCUUUUGCCCCUAUAAUUCAUCAAGAUUAUCUCAAAACCAUUCACCAAUUCUCUCUUGUUAUGGAGCUUUUCCCUUCACAACCUGACUUGUACUUGAAGAUCAGCCAAAGAAGAGAAGAAGAACAAGAAAAAGAAAAUCAAGAACUACAAGAACAAGAAGUCGAAAGGAGAUUAGGGUUUCAGAGUAAAGCCUCAGAUUCGGAUAGAAAGUCUUCUGAUAAUCUCAUCCACACUCACCAAUUCACUUCAAACAAUGAAGCCACCAAGAUUAAUAAUAAUCAAGAACACAAGGAAUCUCGCGAUCAAGACUUGAGAUCUAUGUUGAUGAUGAGACCAAUAAGAGGAAUACCUCUUUACCAGAAUCAAGUCCUUGACCACUACUACUACUCAUCUACCUCUCCCACUCCUUUCUUCUUCAGUGAAGUCAAUGGUCAACACGCUAGUAGUCGCUUAAUCACAAACCCUAAUUGUAGUUUUAAUAUUCACCACCGUAAUCGGCGUCAAGCUCAGCCGCAGCCGCCUAGAUUCACGGCUAAGCGAGGAGUAAGGGCUCCAAGGAUGCGGUGGACGACGACCCUCCACGCCCAUUUUGUACACGCUGUUCAAUUAUUGGGUGGUCAUGAAAGAGCAACCCCAAAAUCAGUACUUGAGCUGAUGGAUGUGCAAGAUCUCACAUUGGCUCAUGUUAAAUCCCAUCUACAGAUGUAUCGGACCAUCAAGUCUACUGAAAAACCUACAACGUCAUCAGGGCAUUCAGAUACUUGUGAGAAUGGAUCACAGGUUAACAGUGAGAGAGAAUCAAGAAAUCUCCAAGGUCUAUGGAACAACUCAUCAAGUGAAGCUCGGUUCCAUUUAAAGGCAAAGGCAUCAUCAGCUGUAGACAUUUCAUCCAAUGAGAAUGAAUGGAAGAAUCAAAGAUGUCCAAGCAACGAACGAUUGUCAUCGGAUUCGUCAAGCCUCACAGGGACAAGACCAGAGACUGAAACUCCCAAUUUGGAUUUCACUUUAGCUACACCAAACCUCUCUCCCUAAAUUUCUUAUAUAUAUACUAAAAUAAAUUAUAUGUUAAAAAUAUAUAAAUCUCAAACUUUAAAGUUUAUGCUUAAUUAAGGGAAAAUAUAUGAAAUGACAUUUAUUUUU